ACUGCGAUUCAACACUUAGUUCAGUAAACACCUUUUCAGUGACUACAGUGCAUUGAAUUCAAUGAGGUAUAUAAAGAAAGUAUGGUAUUGUUUUCUUAACAGUUGUAAUCUGUUCAUUAGAUUAAUUAUUUAGUUUUAAAUUACGACUAACUAAUUAACCAAUUACUACGUUCACAUUAAGCCUUCUAGGCUGAAAAGUGCACCAAAAUUUUUUUUUACUUAAAUAAAUAAAAACCUACCAUAGUGUCGGUUUUAAGACAGUUAUAAAAAUUGAGAUCUGAAAACAAAUAUCAAAAAUUAAAAAGAUAAAAAAUGUCCAUAGCGGACUAAAGUAAGAAGUGAAUUAUUAUAGAUAGAGUUUUGUUUUGUUCAAUAUGGAUAACUCUAUAGUUUCGACAGCUUCUAGUCGAAAAUGUGGUUUCGAUGCGGCGUUAGAAUUAACAGGGUUUGGGAAGUACAACAUAGCAAUGCUGAGCGCAUGUUGCCUCUUAAUCCUAGCCAUGUACCUGGACAUCUUCGGUUUCUCGGUGAUCCUGCCGGCAGCAGCGUGUGACCUAGCGCUCUCUACUAGUCAGCAGGGGCUGCUAUCAGCUGUUCCUCUCAUAGGUGUUAUGGUAUCUUCAUACGCGUGGGGCCUAUGCGCGGACACUCGCGGCCGCCGCUGGACACUGCUACUGGCGAUGCCCAUUGGAGCAGUUCUCAAUCUGGCUGCAAGCAUGGCUCCUGGUUACCGGAGUUUGGCGAUACUGAAGUUCCUCUCUGCUGGAUUUACAUCUUCAGCGAACGCAGCAGCCUUCGUUUUGGUUGGUGAGACCACGCCCGCGAGACAUCGAAGUCGAUUUAUGUUCCUCAUGGCCAGUGCUACCAUGCUGGUGCAGUUCAUCAUUUGUGUAUUUGCGAUCCCAGUCUUCAAUCUGACCUUCCGCUACCCCAUCUCCUGGCUGUCCCUGGACUACCGGCCCUGGCGGCUGCUGAUGCAGAUCAUCAGCGUCCCCGGCAUCAUCGGCUGCCUGGGCAUGCUGGUGCUGCUGGAGAGCCCCAAGUUCCUGCUCAGCAAGGACCGGGAGCAGGAGGCGGUGGAGGUGCUGAGGAGCAUGUAUGCCUGGAAUGAGGCUGGCAUGAAGUUGGCUGUGGACGUGGUGUACAUGGAAGAGUCCCUCCAAGUUGAAGCUUCAUCGUUUCUCCGUCGGAUGUGGGACCAGACGGCGCCGCUGUUCAAGCCGCCACUACUCAAGAACAACUUGAAGUUGUACUACAUUCUGCUGUGCGCGUAUAUGACGUCCACGGGCUACACGAUGUGGGUGCCAACAAUGACGAACGCAUACUUCAGCGGUGACGACAGCUCUGGACAAGCCUUCUGUACUGUGGCGAGUAAGGCCACUUCGUCUUCUGGCUCCGAAUCAACAGACUGCGAUAAUGUAAUUCAAUCUCUCACUCUCUACGCCGUAAUGUGUUACUCCGGAGCAUCAGGAACUCUCAAUGUCCUACUCUCGUUCGUAGUUGGGCCGCUGGGAAAAAAGAGAACGACACUAUUAGUCUUUGUCAUCUCUGCAGUAGCAGGAGUCACCCUGCUGUUUGUGAAAAUUCCACUUUUAAGCAUUGCCUUGUUCUAUAUAUUUUUGUAUGUGGCACUGAUAUUGGGCAAUGUUAAUACUUACUUGGUGGAAUUGAAUCCUACAUACUUAAGGGGUAUGGCAACCUGUUUAUCGGUGGUUGUAGCGCGAGGGUUCGGCUUCUUCAGUGUGCAGCUCAUCGCCCAGCUACUAGCAGACUACUGUACUCCUAUGAUAAGUGGUUACGUAGUGCUGGUUGCAAGUGGUCUAGUCGUUGCAUUUUUCCUCCCUGCAGAUGUGAAAAAGAAAGAAGACAAAAUAAUAGAAAGUCCGAUAGAAGAAGAGAAAACCAAAUUUUAGAGAUAGAUAAUUAUAUUUAUAUUAACAAUCUUAACAAUUAAGAUGUAAUUAGUGUUAACAC